AAGUUAAAUAUAUUAUCUUUUAAGUUCCCCCAGCUAGUGUAAUGCUAGAAGUUAAAGCUGUAAGCGACUCACCUAGCCAAAUGUAUGCAGACUGUACUGUUUAUGGCUCAAAUCCAGCAUGCAACGCUCAGAUAAGAGCACACAGUGGUAUCAUAGGAUCAAAAAGGUCUUCAAGAAAUAUAAGUCAACCCCAUGGUGCGUGGAAUUCUGUGUAUGCAGUAAACUUGAAUGUCAGUGAAGAAGACAAUGGCAAAGAUGUAACUUGUGUGGUUGAUUGUGACGAGUUUUCUGUUGACCUUAAAGACACUGUCAAAAUACUUCUGCCGUAUAAAGUUGAUGAAGACGAUAAGUACAAUAACAAACAGAAAACGGCCGGCGAAGCGUCGGACAAGUCAAUAAUUUGGAUAAUACUGGGUGCAUGUGUACUUGUGGUCGUCAUCAUUGUCAUAGCGGUCUUGUUUAUUGUCUUCAGGAAAAAAGGUCAAACUCUUGAAGAUAAGAGAGAAGGUCGGGUACAUCAUCACACACAGGAAGGCCAUACAAGAUGUGCUAUACAAAAUUCGGAGGAUCGCCCAGCGGGAAAUCUAGAGGAAAGCGAACAUGCGCUAGAUAAUGAUGCCAAAGAGAAUCGUCCAGAAGGAAAUCUGAAGCAGAGCGGGAAUGAUGACGAAGUACCUAUAUAUUCCCAACCAAUAAAAAAGAAGACGACAGAAAACCCAGACAAUAUCUAUGCGCAAGUAAACAAGACAAGAAAAACCGCUUCUUCACCUUCUUCUGCAAAUUCUUCAAAAGUGGAAAAGCUUUUUCGUGCACAGGACGGACAAUUGCUGUAUGCCGACCUUGCCUUUGAUCCAAAUGCGGCUCCGUCAAAAGCAGCAGUUGCCAAACAAGAAGAUUCACCCACAGAAUAUGUUGAUAUAGAUUAUGUGAAGACGAAAGCUAAUAAGGAAAUUGAUGAUGACCCUACGGAACAGGAAAAUUUGUAAACUCAUUGACAGGAUUUUUAUUAAACGAGUGGUGUAAAUACUUUGAUUAUACAUUUCAAAACUAUUAUUGUCACAAUGUGAUUUUCUUUUUUGUAUAUUAUUCUACAAAGUUUAUUACGCAUGAUUUAUUGGAAAAAGAAACAUUCAUGAAAACAAAGGAUACUGCAGAAUUGAUAUAGACAUGUAUGUUUGUGUCUUUGUCAAGGUUUAUUGAAAAGAUUUGGCUAGUUGUGAAUUAGUGUUAUUAUAUUUGAUAAGUUCCGUGUCAUUAGGUGAAACUCAUUUGUACAUUUGUAUAUUCUUGACAAUGUGUUUUAGGUAUUUAUCUUUAAGGCUUGCAUAGUGUGACACGAAAUGAAUUGAGUUUAUUAUCAAAAACAUUGAACCGAAAAUAAU